UUUGCGUUUCUUUCUUUCUUAUGGCAAAGAAGAAAAGAGACAGAGUUCCGAUUCCAGUGUACAGUGCUCCAGGAUACUGCAAGCCCUGUAGACUUCUUCCUUUCCGCUCAUCAAAAAAAAGCUUGGAGACUUCUUGGUGAACGAUAUGACAAUUCUAGAUUGCUUGCUGAUUGUGAACUGUUGGAAUAUCUUUGGAACACCAAUGAGAAUGCAUACUUCAGUCCAAGCCGAUUGUUGCGCCGUGUCAGAAGAGUUUGGAGGUGGCCCCGUUUGCCCGCUGGAUUCUGUGGUUGAAUGCGAGAUAUGCGCUGCGCAAACAAAAUGGAAGGCCAGUCAGAUUCUUAGGCACACAUCCAGGCAUUCCGCGCGAACUGCUAAUGUUGGGCACUCCGAACUGGAGGUGGGGGCUGUCCUCCACGGACGGGGGUGGCAGAGCUUGGGCCUGGUGGUGCAUGCCGCCUCCUUGGGGCAGGGUGCCGCCUCCUGCAGUGUGCGUCUGUUGCAGCUGCAUAUGAUGCUGUUGGCUGUCCAUCACAGAGUCACCGCCUUCAAGUGUCGCCGCCGGAAUGCCACCCGACUGGGUCGUCAGUGUCAACGGUGAUGGAGGUGCU